AUGAAAUCCAAAAAAAUUAAAAAGCCCGCCUCCCUUUUUCUUCCUUUCCCUCUUGCCCUAAUUAUCGACGCUCCUUCCAAGCAGCCGACAACCUUCACACUAUCCUUUUCCUUUUCUCUAUGUCUUCCAAUCUACAUUGGACAUCGACAUCGUUACUUGCCUCUCCGGCCAGAUCGUCGACGUCGAUCAAGGCAAGCACGCCACCAGCCAACAACCUCCACUCUCUCCUUUUCCUUUUCUCUCAAAUCGCGAUUUAAUUUGUACACUGGAAGCCUAGAUGACAGGUCCGACGUGGUGGCAUCGUUUGUCUCGGUUGCGAGAGACAAUGAUUGGUAUGGGAAGUUGAUAAUUGAAGAAGGUGGAGACAACCCGUUGCUGAAAUUGGUGAAAGAAGGGAAACCAGAAGGUCUGGAGAAUGUUGCGUCUGCAAUCGGAUUGCUACGUCGUGAUCCUGAGAGCGUUGAACACAUGAUUCACGUCGUGACAACACUAAGGGCUAUUAGGCAAAGCUUUAUCGAUCAAAACAGUAGGCUUAGUAACUGGAGGCGUGGAGAUCCAUGUGUAUCAAAUUGGACUGGAGUACUAUGCUUCAACAAAACCCUAGACAAUGGAUAUCUUCAUAUUCGAGAACUGCAACUACUAAAUCUCAAUCUUUCUGGAACUUUAUCUCCAGAAAUAAGGCAAUUAUCUUAUAUGAAAAUAUUGCUUUUAAAUGGAAACAAUCUAACAGACUCCUUGCCAGAAGAGAUUGGGAAUCUCCCCAAUUUGAACCUCAUACAAAUCGACCAGAACCACAUAUCUGGACCAACACCAGUCUCAUUUUCAAAACUGAACAACACAAAGCACUUAAGUUUUAGGAAUUGCAACUUACAAGGAUCAAUCCCUGAUCUUAGCAAGACACCACAUCUUACUUAUAUGCUUGUUUUUGACCACGAAAGGGAGGAUCUUUUCGGAUGCCAUGAUGCCCAUAUUCGUUGUAUCGAGUACUCUUAUGCAACUGGGAAAGUGAUUAUAGGGAGUUGGGACAAAACUUUGAAGUGUUGGGACCCACGUAUACAGGAGCGUGCUCUUGUGGGGACAUAUGGAUAA